AUGCAACAGACAGCUCACGUGCUCCGCGCUGUCAGUAAGCCAAUGAGUGCUUCAAUCAGAUACUUUGAGAACGUGGACACUGACGAGCUCUUACCUCCCUCAGCUUUUCUGACAUCCCAUAGACCUCCCGGUACUAUUCCAGUCCCGACCCAACUUACCGAGAUUGGUGGAUGUACUCGCUCCCCAGUACUCGAUGGUGUAAGAUCUGUUGCUCCUCCGGAGUCCACUCAUGUUCGAGGGGCUGCUCUUCCUGUCAGGUCAGACAGCCGUGAUCAACUCGCCUCAUCGUCAUCGAAAUUGGCUAUUUACGAGGCACGCGUUCAGGAAUUGGCACAGGAGCUGCAUGCUAUCAGGAGGGAAAAUCUUCUUUUGCAACACUCCAGAGAUGCGGCACGUACAGAAUUGCGGCAGCUUCGGGCGUACAUAAGCUCGGCAAAGUGGACAACCUCUGCAGCACUGGAGUCGGAGCAAAUGAGUUCAAAGCCCGCUACAGCGGAAAACUCGAAUCAUGUUGAACUGGAGAAGCAAGUCGCCGAAUUGACCGAGCAAAACACCCAGCUUAAACGUGAGUUGGAUUUGUCCGCCGUACGUGUCCGUAACAUUGAGACCGUAUUGCGGCUGCAGGAAAAGAACCUUUGUGCUUCAAAGCCCCACGAUGGCGGCAAAGUCUUAGUGGAUUCGGAGAAUAUAGCCAAAUCGGAACGUCUACUUACCGGCUGGCGCUCACAAGUCCUCCGCCUACUGGUUCAGGCCGAACAGCACAAAGCCGACUUAGCACACGCUGUAGGGGAAGCACGUCGUAAGACAGCCGAUGUAGAGCAGUGUCGACAGGCAGCCGCUUUGGAACAAGAGGCGUCACGAUUGAAGACAGAAGCUUCGGAGGCCGCACUAACCGCAGAGAAGGAGCGAAACGAGAUACUCUCGAAACAGCUGGAACGAGAACUUGCCAAGCUUCACCGUAUCCAAAACGAGUUUCUGGUCCUUCAGAAAACCGCUUCUGUCUCAUUCGCACGCAUUCAUGCAGAUGCGACCCAGUUGGCUCUCUGCUUCCGGGGUGUUUUACAUCCUGAUUCAGCAUCAAAUAUUGGAAGCAUUGAUAAACCGUCCAUCGCUAGUGUUUUCCAUCGCGUGCGCCAGUUGGAACGCAGACUUAGCUUUGCAGUCGACCGAUUGCCUGUGCUUCGUGCCCGACUCUGCUCCCGUCGCGUCGUUCCUCUCGAACAAACCGAUCAAUCUGUGCAGACACAUUCUCUUUUACAUGAACCUAGUGCUGGACCUCUGUCUUACUCAGAAUUGGAGGAGUUACUUUCGCAUGCUAACUUGGAAUCGCAGCGCCUGAGAGUAGAACGAGAUUCAGCCCUUGCCGAGCUGGAACGUAACUCAAAAACGUUCCAACAACGCGUGCAAUCUGCACAAGAUGAGGUCAAAAUGGAAGUUAUCCAUCUACGAGAUAUGACCGAAACAUUGAGAGAAAAUUUGAAACUGAAAGAUCAGGAACUAGUUGAGUGUCAUGUUCAAAUCGCCCAGUUGAAAUCCGCUCAGCUAGACCAGCAACAACAAGCAACUGAAGAACACACCCGCCUCCAGACUCAGUGCACUCAGGCGCAGGAGCAACUAGCACAAGCCCGAUCUGAGUUGCGCAACGCGGAGCGUAUGCUCAAUGACCUACUGGACCAACGUCGCGAUGAACUGAAUAAAUUAGAGAGAAACUGCGAACAGAAGACGGAGCGAUUGGGUCACGUAAUUCAGACAAUGCAGCCCCUCACAAGCGAUAUUUUUUCGACUGACUUUCUGAAUGCUGAUUGUGGUCAAUCAGUACACACCCUGAACUACCCCCCGAACGCUCCUAAUCAGACAAAACUGGGUAGAUAA